UGAAUCUGAGACCCAUAAGAAGAGAACGAGGGAAAGGAAGGUCUUGAAGCCACCUGAGAGGCCUUAUCAUCCAAUUCUCCCCUCCAGCCAGCCUCCUAAAGAAGAAACAAGCCGACCAACCAACCAUGGGAUCCCCACUUCUCUCUUCUAUUGCAAGAAGGCUGGACGGUAAGGUGGCACUCAUCACUGGUGGGGCCAGCGGGAUCGGCAAGAGCACCGCCGAAUUAUUCUGCAGGCACGGCGCCAAAGUGAUGAUCGCGGACGUCAAAGAUGAUCUGGCCCACUCCGUCUGCCAAGACAUAGGCCCCACAUCUGCAUCCUUCAUCCACUGCGACGUCAGCAACGAAUCCGACGUCCAAAAAGCCGUGGACACUACGGUCUCCAAGUACGGCGCUCUCCACAUUAUGUUCAACAACGCAGGCAUCGUGGGAUCACUCAAACCCAACAUCGCCCACGACGACGUGUCGGAGUUCGAGAAGGUUCUCAGAGUCAACGUCACAGGAGUCUUUUUAGGCACAAAACACGCUGCACGUGUCAUGAUCCCCGAACGCUCUGGCAGCAUUAUCAACACUGCUAGUAUCUGCUCCGUCGUGGGCGCUGCCGCGCCGCACUCGUACACGGUGGCGAAACAUGCGGUACUGGGGCUCACCAAGAACACGGCGGUGGAUCUGGGGCGGUACGGAAUUAGGGUAAACUCUGUAUCUCCCUACUUGAUCUUAACGCCUCUGGCGAAGGAGUUCAUGAAGGCAAAUGAAUUGCCGGUGUUGACGUAUUCUAACCUGAAAGGAGUAGAGCUGAAGGCGGAAGACGUGGCUGAGGCAACUCUCUAUCUGGGGAGUGAGGAGUCUAAGUACGUGAGUGGGCAUAACCUCGUCGUAGAUGGUGGCUUCUCUAUCACUAAUUCUGCUGUCUCCAUUUACGACCAACUAAAUGAUCAACUCAACUAGUGGUGAUCAGUUUUGGGUAUCUGAGUACUUGAUAUCGGAACUUCCCAAUAAGUAAUACGAAGAAACUCACCUCCCAUAUGUUAUGAAUUUUUAUGGAAUAGAUUUUUCUUUCAAAAA